CUUGGCGUGAGCGCAGCGUUCAGAGAUGACCUGUAACCACUUGGUGAGCGUUGAACCUAACGAUGCCCCUUUAGAUACGGAUUACACAACAAAGUUCACUUACAAGUUAAACCGAAAACUGUAAGAGGGCCGAUGGGGAAAGAUGACCCUGAACAUCAAGCAUCUCGACGCCCAUGAACCGCCGUCGGACGAGCUGAGGGCCAAGUGGAAGGCCUUCUCACGGGCCGAGCCAAAUGAUUUACUCAACAGCGGAGACAUCGAUGACGUGCUGAAGCCCGAAAGCGCAGCCGAGUUCUGCCGGGCGGGCGCCAUUCCCGUCGACACCCUGAAUCGCUCGUUCCGACACAUCUGCCCCACCGAUGCUCCGGAAUUCCAGGCCACCAAAGACGCACCCAUCUACUACCACCCGCUCCUCCCUGGCCUCCUCAUAGUCCCCUCACUUGUGCCUCCCGAGGUUCAGAAAAUCCUCCUCAACCAUCUCAUCCACCGCGACCUCAGCCACCCCGCCCACCAAACCAACUUACACCUCCACUUCCACCUCCCCUACCCCCCAGCCAACGGCCCCGCCAGCGACACCUCCUUCUUCUCCUACCCCCCGACCUCACCAGUGACCUUCACCCCCAAAGACCCGUCCGUGCACAAACCCCUCAGCAUCAAGCAGGCGCUCGAGCGCAAGCUGCACUGGGUGACGCUCGGCGGGCAGUACGACUGGACGCGGCGGGUGUACCCCGAAGAAGGCACCGGCCCGGGCUCGCAGGCGCCGCCCGCGUUCCCGCCCGACGUGGCCGCUUUUCUGGAGACACUGUUCCCCGAGACGCUGGCGCAGGCCGCCAUCGUCAACUUCUACACGCCGGGCGACACCAUGAUGCUGCACCGCGACGUCUCGGAGGAGACGGAUAAGGGCCUGGUCAGCUUGAGUCUGGGCUGCGACGGGCUGUUUAUGAUCGCGCCGAAUGGGAGUGAAGGGGCGGGAGAGGAGGCGGGGCAGGGGGUGCAGGGCGCCGGGGAGGGGAAGGAGAGGAAAAAGGAGUUUUUGUUGCUGAGGUUGAGGUCCGGGGAUGCGAUUUACAUGACAAAGGAGUCGAGGGUCGCGUGGCAUGGGGUGCCCAAGGUACUGAAAGGGACGUGUCCUGACUACUUGGCCGACUGGCCGGCGGAAGAUGGGAGGUAUGAGGAGUGGCGCGGUUGGAUGCGGAAUAAGCGGAUCAACCUCAAUGUGAGGCAGAUGAGGGAUUAGAGUGGGCAAGCUCUGGAAAGCGUUACAAAGCAUAUGGAGUGGGCGUGACAAAAAGAUCCUGGCCUCGUGAGGCCCAGACGGCAUUGCUACUCUGCAUGCUGCUGGGAAGUCAUCCGGAGACGUCGACGGCGGAACCUUUUAGAACAGCCCGCCGCUCCCGGGAAUCCAAG